CGCAAGAGACGAGGAAAUCUACCAAAGAAUAUUAUUGCGAUUCUCAAACAAUGGCUGACUGACCAUUGCAACCAUCCCUAUCCGACCGAAGAAGAAAAGGUUGAACUCAGAACACGGACAAAUCUGACACUCAAUCAGAUAUCAAACUGGUUUAUAAAUGCCAGACGGAGACAU